CCCACCACCAACUGUAGAAUCAUCCGCCAAAACAUCUCAUCUCAAAACAGGAACACAAACAAAAAAACAAAAAAAAGAGAGAAGCCGUACCGACAAAUGGAUAUGCUCCGCACAACCAUUGCCCGUGUCCUUCGUGUUAACCGCAUCGCUAUGCUCCGACCAUACACCGAGGGAGCGACCGGUAGCGGAACUGCCCGUCCGGGCGGUGAAGCCGCUGGUGAUGCUUUCACCAAGCGAGAGAAGGCAAACGAGGACCUUUACGUCCGCGCACAAGAGAGGGCUAAACUUUUGCAAUUAAAGGAAAAGCUCGCAAACCAGCGUAAGCACCUAGACGAACUAGAUGCUCACAUCGACGAGCUCACCCGGGAACAAGGUGGGGAGAACAACUGAUUCCCGUUUCGCUCGGCAAGUAGGGAGAAGGUUUCCGGAUGGUAUAUCCGAACACUGAAGGGGACUUCUUUUUCCUCGUUUUCUUCGUGAAGAUGGGAGGGCGGAUGGAACGAAAUGGUUUAGUAGUAUAGGGCAUGAACUGAGUGAGUUGAAAUUUCUCAUAAAGGGAUGGCUCAACUCAAACUUUGAAAUACUCCUUUUACCCCUUACUGUUUUUGAAUUCUAGCAACACAUUUACUUGCA